GCUGCCGGAGGGGCCCGCGGGCGCCGCCGCGCAGAGCUCCCCGGCGGAGGCGCGGCUACGCAGUCGGCAGGUCGAGCUCUACGAGCGGGCGUGGGAGGAGAGUGCCUCCGGCGGGAGGCGGCGGCGCCGGCCGUGGGGUGCGGCGCGGCCUCCGCCGCCGUCGGCACCAGCAGCCCUCUGGCCGACAGCCGCCCCUGCGCCAGCGCGGCAGCGCCGGCGCAGCUGCCGGCGCCCGGGCCGCAGUGCCCGAGGGUGGAUGUGCGCUUCAUGGUGCGCUUCGACACGAGGCCUGGCCAGGAAGUGAACUUGGUCGGCUCCUGCGACUUGCUCGGCUGUUGGGACGUGGGCAAGAGUGUGCACAUGGCCUGGACUGAGGGCAACGUCUGGGCCGGCAAGGUCGCUUUCUGUGUUAGCUCGGAGGGUAAGUUUGAGCUCUCGCUCUCCAAGACCUCGGGCGCCACUGCAAUACCGCGGCGAGUUUUGUUUGUCCCUAAAGGCCACCAGAUGACGAGCCAGACUGAAGCAACGAGCCCGAGGAUUGGGGUUCGGAGCUGCGGGGGGCCAUGCCGCGGAAGAGAACGUGACGUCGAAGGUCUGGUCCGCUGCCAAACCGUACCGAGUCAUGCCAACAACAAGAGUUCUUGCUGGAACGCACCAUGCCUACGAAGCGGAUCAGGACCGCACCGAGAGGAGAGCCGCCUCCUGGAGCGGCUCGACUGCUGGGGCCGUGGCGGCUGA